AGGAGCAGCAUGGUGGUGCCGCCGCUGCUGCGCGCCGUCAUCAUGGGGCCCCCGGGCUCCGGGAAAGGCACCAUCUCGGCUCGGAUUAUCAAACACUUCGGGAUGAAGCACCUCUCCAGCGGCGACCUGCUGAGGGACAACAUGCAGAAGAAGACAGGUGGGAACGGGGGCGAAGUUGGAAUCCUUGCCAAGUCCUACAUUGAUCAAGGGCGGCUUAUUCCAGAUGACAUCAUGACACAACUAAUGCUGAAUGAGCUAAAAGGUCUAGAUCAGUACAACUGGCUAUUGGAUGGUUUCCCCAGAACGGUUGCUCAGGCAGAAGCCCUGGAUAAAGAAUGCCAAAUAGACACUGUGAUUGACCUAGAUGUGCCAUUUGAGACCAUAAAAAGUCGGCUCACAGCACGCUGGAUCCACCCUGCUAGUGGCAGAGUCUACAAUCUUGAAUUCAGUCCUCCCAAAGUGCAGGGCAUUGAUGAUAUUACUGGAGAGCCACUUGUUCAGCGUGAUGACGAUAAGCCAGAGACGGUUACCAAGAGGCUGCAGGCUUAUGAUGCGCAGACAAAACCUGUUCUAGAAUAUUAUCGGGAAAAAGGGUUAUUGAAAUCCUUCUCUGGAACAGAAACCAAUAAGAUCUGGCCACAUAUCUAUGCUUUCCUCCAAACCAAGUUGCCAGAUGUGAGCCAGAAAGAUGCUGCCACUCCCAGGUGAAAACAGGUCUAACUUCUGCUCAUCUAUCAUAGCUCACACUUGAUUACAUGAGAUUCAGCAAUCAAGGAUUUCUCUUAAGUCUACCAGACUGAUCAAUAAUUAAAGUCUAAUGUUGUCCUUAACUUACAUUAUGAUAAAACUUUGUUGCCUGUGGUUCUCACUUUAAUGCUGUAUUUUUUUAUAUUAAAUAUACCUAAUUUUUAUAAUAUAGUAACUGACUUCAACAAAAGCAGGUACUCUUGUGU